GCAUGCUUCUCGUCAUGUGUCUGGACAGAAUGCUCCUGCUGUGUACUGUGAUCUUUGGCUUCUGGAAGGACACCUAUGCUGUGUCCCCAGUGCCCUCUGUCCCAAACUAUGUCCCUGCCUUGGCAGGCUCCUGCGUGGUCAUCCCCUGCUCCUUCACUCCUCCAGCCUCUCACUCCAUGGGGAAGGUGGUGGGCGUGAGGCUGCGCUACAGGACUGGUCACAUCUUCCUCCUGCGGAGUACAGCUUUCAGUUCGGAUGACAAAUCCACGGUCAGCAAGGAGUUCCAGGGCCGGACAUCCCUCUGGGGAAACACGGACGAUGGAGACUGCUCUGUAAUGAUUGACAGAGUCCACCUGGCUGACUCCAAUGUCUAUCAGCUGGCGCUGAAGGGCCAUGGACAGAAAGACUGGGGGAAGGAGAGGAGUGUCAACAUCAUUGUGUCAGAGUCCCCAGAGCUCCCAGUGAUCAGCGGUGUGAGGGCAGCUACAGAAGGACAGAUGGUGUCACUAAACUGCAGCAUCAGUUACUCCUGUCCCUCCCAAGCCCCCACCCUCCAGUGGCGGUGGGAGAGAGGAGCUCAGGAGAACAGCAGCGAGUACGGGGAGCCUCAUGUACUCCAGCCCCAGGGCCAGGGGCCUACACUACAGACCUCUCUAACCUUUAUCGCAUCGUAUCGCAUCAAACCCAGAAUAAGGUGUGAGGCAGUAUAUCCAGGAGGAAGAAGAGUAUACACCAUAAAGGAGCUCCAUGUGACAUUCCCUCCAAAAGAUGUCACAGUCCAGGUCCAUACCUUGACUGUCCAGGAGGGUUUGAACGUGUUACUGGCCUGCUCCUGUAAAGCUGACCCGCCUGUGACAGAGUACAGGUGGUCAUACACCCAACAUGGGCUAACUGUAGACCUUCACCAGCGCACAUUUACGGUCCGGGUGUACAAUGUGACCCGAGACAUGAGGGUCCGCUGCACAGCCCAGAACCUAAUUGGACGGGCAGAGUCCAGAUUGACUUCCUUAAACAUUCAAUACAAGCCUGUCAUCCUCCAUCUCUCCUCCUACUGUGUUGUGGAAAGGUUGGUGGUUCUGUGUCGCUGUUCUGUAGACUCCAACCCCCGGCCUGCCGUCACCUGGAGUGUCAACGGUAGUGUUCCACCAUCCAGAUACAACACAUCAGUGGGCUCAGAGAAUGGUACACUAACAGCCACGCUGAAGGGCCACAUGGACACUCCACUGAGGGUAGUCUGCUUCGCCAUCAAUGCACUGGGCAAUGACUCCCACACACUGCUUCAGGCAGAGGAUGGUUCUCUGCUGUGGAAAGUGAUACCUGCAGUAUGCAUCUCUUUGGCCACCUUCCUCCUCUCUCUACUUCUCCUGUUCUGCUGUCGAAAGAGGUCAGGAAAACGUGUGCUGACCUGCAGACCUCCGGUGUAUCCUGGGGACAUGGGGAUCUACCAGGAUCGGAUGCCCCUCUACAUCAACUGCACUGAGGUCACCAACAUCUACAACAAUGGCAGUUACCAGCUGGUUUACCAGAACUGCACCCCUCUUUUCGUCCAGACCAAACAGACACAUCCGAUGGGGAGGCGAGAUGGGGGGAGACGAGGUGGAGAGAGAAGAAGAGGUGAGAGACGCGGAGGGGAGAGAAGAGGAGGAGAGAGUCGAGGGGGAACGGUGGACAGAGGAACAAGAGACAGACAAAGCCCUGCCUCCAAUGACAAUAACACUGAAACAGCUAUCUACCUGGAGAUCAUCUGAGUUCAUCUCUCAGUGAGCUCUGUCAAGAAGGCCAGCAUCCCGGAGUCGCCUCUUCAAUGUUGACGUUGAGACUGGUGUUUUGCAGGUACUAUUUAAUGAAGCUGCCAGUUGACAACUGGUGAGGCAUCUGUUUCUCAAACUAGACACUCUAAUGUACUUGUCCUCUUGCUCAGUUGUGCACCGGGGCCUCCCACUCCUCUUUCUAUUCUGGUUAGAACCAAUUUGCACUGUUCCAUGAAGGGAGUAGUAGACAGCGUUGUACAAGAUCUUCAGUUUCUUGGCAAUGUCUCACAUGGAAUAGCCUUCAUUUCUCAGAACAAGUAGAGACUGAAGAGUUUCAGAAAAAAGUUAUUUGUUUCUGGACAUUUUGAGCCUGUAAUCGAACCGACAAAUGCCGAUGCUCCAGAUACUCAACUAGUCUAAAGAAGGCCAGUGUUAUUGCUUCUUUAAUCCAAACAACAGUUUUCAGCUGUGCUAAAACAAUUGCAAAUGGUUUUCUAAUGAUCAAUUUGCCUUUUAAAAUUAUACUAUUGGAUUAGCUAACACAACGUGUCAUUGGAACACAGGAGUGAUGGUUGCGAUAAUGGGCCUCUGUACGCCUAUGUAGAUAUUCCAUUAAAAAUCUGUUGUUUCCAGCUACAAUAGUCAUUUACAACAUUAACAAUGUUUACACUGUAUUUCUAAUCAAUUUUCUGUUAUUUUAAUGGACAAAAAAUGUGAUUUUCAUUCAAAAACAAGGACAUUUCUAAAUGACCCCAAACAUUUGAACGGUAGUGUAUAUAUAUAAAUAUAUUUUGUGUACAUAAUUGUAGGCUUAGCAGUCCUUCAUUCAUUAGUGUACAUACAGUGCCUUGCAAAGGUUUUCAUCCACCUUGGAGUUUUUCUUAUUUUGUUGCAUUACAACCUGUAUUUUAAAUUGAUUUUUAUUUGGAUUUCAUGUAAUGGACAUUCACAAAAUAAUUCAAAUUGGUGAAAUGAAUUUUUUUUAAAUGACUUUUUCAGAAAAGUUGAAAGAAUGAAAAAUGAAAAAGGGGUGUGUGCAUAUGUAUUAAUAAUAAUAAUAAUAUAUGCCAUUUAGCAGACGCUUUUAUCCAAAGCGACUUACAGCCAUGUGUGCAUACAUUCUACGUAUGGGUGGUCCCGGGAAUCGAACCCACUACCCUGGCGUUACAAGCGCCAUGCUCUACCAACUGAGCUACCCUUUGCUUUGAAGCCCCUAUAUAAGAUCUGUUGCAACCAAUUACUUUCAGAAGUCACAUAAUUAGUUAAAUAAAGUCCACCUGUGUGCAAUCUAUGUGUCACAUGAUCAGUCACAUGAUCUCAGUAUAUAUACACUUGUUCUGAAAGGCCCCAGAGUCUAGCCUCAGUGGAUGCCUUGCUUGACCACACCCUCCUUCCUUGCUCCUGGCCUGGCCUGCCCUGCCCUGCCUCUUCCACCAAUCCCAAUUGUUUUUUUAUGGACAGAAAAGAGCAGAGGCUCUGAGCUGUCUGAUCAGGUCCAUUGUCUACUGAGCCAGAGUCUGCAACACCACCAAGCAAGCGCCACUAUGAAGACCAAGGAGCUAUCCAAACAGGUCAGGGGCAAAGUUGUGGAGAAGUACAGAUUAGGGUUGGGUUAUUAAAAAAAUAUCCAAAACUUUGAACAUCCCACGGAGCAUCAUUCAACCCAUUAUUAAAAAAAUGGAAAGAAUAUGGCACCACAACAAACCUGCCAAGAGAGUGCUGCCCACCAAAACUGAGGGACCAGGUCUAGGAGCUGCAGAGCUGCAAAACUCCACAGAGGAGCUUGGAGUAUCUGUCCAUAGGACCACUUUAAGCCGUACACUCCACAGAGCUGGACUUUAUGGAAGAGUGGCCAGAAAAAAAGCAGUUUAAGGGGAAACAUUUAAAUGUCUUAGUCAAAGUCCAGACAUCAAUCCAAUUGAGAAUCUGUGGAAUGACUUAAAGAUUGCUGUACAUCAGCAGAACCCAUCCAACUUGAAGGAGCGGAGCAGUUUUGCCUUUUAGAAUGGGCAAAAAUCCCAGUGGCUAGAUUUACCAAGUGUAUAGAGACAUACCCCAAGAGACUUGCAGCUGUCAUUUCUGCAAAAGGUGUCUCUACAAAGUAUUGACUUCUUUUUUUGGGGGGGGAUAGUAAUGCAUGCAGAAGUUUUCUGUUUUUUUUUUUGUCUUAUUUCUUGUUUGUUUCACAAUAUAAAAAAUAUAUUUUGCAUCUUCAAAGUGGUAGGCAUGUUGUGUAAAUCAAAUGAUAUUGAACCCCCCAAAAUUGUAAGGCAUCCAGGUUGUAAGGCAACAAAAUAGGAAAAAUGCCAAGGUGGUGAAUACUUUCGCAAGCCACUGUAGUUUGUGGCUGAUGAAGAUAAUGGUCCACACAUGAUAUUCACCUAUUUCAUGCAGUACAUUUUGCAUCAGUACAUGUAUAAUGUCUGUAUAAUGAUAUUCUAGAUGGGAUGAACAUGAUUGUAUGAUGUGAUGAUGAUGAUGAUAAAGGUGUUGGACACCUCUCUUAUUAAACAAUCACUUUUGCAUGUGUUUUAUAUAAAUGUGCCUCUCUUCACCUACCAUCCUGACCUUGUACUCAAGAGGAUUGAUGGUUACUGAACCAAAAGCCAUUCUUCACUACAGUAAAAAGCUAUUUCAUAUUCUAAUAAUAAAUAAUAAUAAUAAUAAUAAAAUAUUCUUCCAUAUGUAUGUUCUGGUUCUAUAUUCAUGUGACAAAAUAAAGAUUUUUUCUGUGC